UGCACCGAGUACGGCCAAAGAGGUUCGAACAGUUCGAAGAGGAGGAACGAUACUUGGAGGAAGAGAAGGAGAGGUUCGAAAAGAUGUUGGAAGAAUUGACGGAGGAGCCGGAAGCGGCGAAGGCGUACGUCGAGCAGCUAAAGUGUCGCACGAAAUGCGCGGAGAUGACCGCUGCUCUCAAGUGCCAGAUGCAAAAGAGCUUGCUAUGCGAGCUUUGGGAACGGAUGGAAAAAAAGCAGGAUCGAUCGUUCGACGAGGCGAUCGCGAGACGAACAUCGGAUCAAUGCCGUUACGAGAAACAGAUGGUAAGCAAGUUGUGCGAGGUACGGGAUCAAAAGAACGCGAUGGCGGAGAAUCAAAGGAUCGUGGAGAACAUGACGUUGAAAGCGAACGAGCUCGAGCAUCGAGCGAGGCUGGAACUGGAGAAAGACUUGGCUUGCAGGAAACAAAAGGACGUGGAGACCGAGUGCGAGAGGAUGUGCGAGCUUCGUCGGAGGUUGCUCGAGGAAAAGAUCGAAAAGAUACGGAAGAAACAUUUUAAGCUUUGUCGACUAGCGCUACAAGAUUUGACCAGCGUCGCUUUGAACAUUGGCGAGUAUCGACGAGUAAACGACGGGAACGUGCCCCUGUCGCUUCUCAGCGAAUGGAAGACCAUGUUUCUCAAGUGUCAACCGAUUUACGACGAGAAAUUCUCGAAGGAAACGGAAGAAGACGAAGAAUCGGAGCCGGAGCCGGAGGUAACGGCUGGCGAUAAGGGAUGGUGCGCGUUACUCGAGAGGUCGGAGGCGCAGCGUCAGGUCCUUUUACAGGACUAUCUGGACACGAACUCGCCGUGGAACGAGUUUACCCCGAUGCUCGGCGAGGACGAGCGCGAAACGUUCGAACUCGGUCGAGUGGUACUCGGUUACGUGGUGCAUCGGCUGCUGAAUGCCCUUUACCCUCGUCCGCCGAAUCGCGCGCAACUCUUACUCUCGAAAUUCAAAACCGCCGCGAUUUUGCUUGGCAUCGGCAACUCUCAGUUGCAUCGAUCGAUCGGUUUGUUGCUGGAGAAAAGCGGAAUACGCUUGGUGCGAAUGGAGGACGCGAUCAAUUACUGUUUGCAGAGGUACAAGGAGGAAAUGUCGAACGUAGAGUACGUCGACUCAACGGUGAUCGCCGCGACGUACGACGUGGUGAGGAAACUACGGGGCAAGAAACGACCUCCGUGCCCUCCUCCGUCUAGCAAAAAUUCCUCCUCCAUUUCAGAGGCAAAAGGUUCGCGAGCGACCGAAGAUAAGGAGACGAAAAGUACGACCAAGUCGAGUAAGACGGCGCGAACGCGAGGCCGACAGCGAACGGGAGCUCGAGACCGAGAUCAAGAUCGAGAUCGAGAUCGAGAGAACGAGAAAGAUUCGAAAAUGGUGGAGAAGGAAACGCAAACUCCGCGAAACAUACCGUUCGACGAUCUGGACCCGGUGCUGACCGAUGCCGCGUAUAUCGGUAAAUGGAUCUACGAGUUUCUCGCGUUGGGCGAGCCCAUCGACGACGAACUCGCGACCAAGACUCUCGUCGAGUACCUGAAGAGCGUGACCGACGCGAAAGGCUGGGCUCUGAUCGAUUAUCCGAACACGUACGAGCAAAUGUGUCGACUGGAGACCGCUGUGACGGGUGUCGUUCCACCUCCCGAUCCAAAGGAGCUCGAUUUUCAGGACGUUACGAUCGAGGAUAUCGAGGGUAUCGAAACGCUGCCGCGGAGGAUCGUUUUCGAGGACCAGGAAGAUCCGUUCGCUUUGAACAGACGAUCGAGACUGUUGCCCGAUCCGAUCGCGAACCGAGACACCAGCGCUACGAGAUCCACCUUUGUCACGCUGUUCGUUAGGAUAGCGCAGAAACCGAAGGGUUUUCAAGCGGAUCGUUCGUACGAGACGGUGGGAAAAGACGCGGCCUCGAUCGACAAGUUUUACGCUUCUCUGAAAAACGCGUACGCGCUCUAUUACUCGAGUUUGGACGCGAAUACGCUGAAGAGGCUAGCGAGAUUGGUGAUCGGUGAACCUCUGCAAAGAAGGCCGUCCGACGAGUUGUUCGGCGACGUUCUAAACGAAUUGGAUGCCGGCACAGGGCAGCAGGUGGUCGGUGGUUCGAGAGCGCCGGUGGUUCGACGCGUUUUACCCGACGGCGAGAACCUCGAGCCGGACAUCGACUACAUCGACGACAUCGAUCGGCUGUCGAUCGGAACGCGAGAUUCCGCUCGCGAUUACUUGCGUAUGGACUGGCUCCCGAUCGAGCCAGGACCGGCCAGACCCGGCGAGUCGAACUGGCAAUGGAUCGACUUUCCACUGCCCUCUGGUCUCCUCGAAAGUUUGGCCAACCUCUGGGAAUGCUUGGAGAACGCUUACGUCGAGAACGUCAGAGAGAUGCUGUACCUGAAAAGCGUUCACGUGUCCAGCGUCGUUCCGUACAGAGAUUUCGUGACCAGAAACAUGAAGGAUUUUAUAAGACGACCGGACAAUAAACAGGAUCUGUUAAACGAGUUUCAUAAAGCUUUCAACUCGAUCGAUCCCGACGCUCGUCACGACGUGGACGUGAAAUGCGAGUUGCAUCGACGCGUGGCUGAUUUUCAAGCGACGCUCUGGGAUAUUUGCGACAAGCGAAAAGAGGAAGCGGAAGGGGAACGAAAACGUCUGAUCGCGGACCACUGGACCGUCCUCGAAGCCUCGAUCCUCUACAACGUUUUCGUCGGUCUUGUUCAAGCUGAACUGGAUCGUUUCGUCGACACGAAACUCUCGAUAGAAGAUUACUACUUAGGGAUGCUGAAGAAACCGUUGCCAAUGUCUGUCGGUCAGAAGGUGAUUUUGAACAGAAUAGAAGUGGAAACGGGAGCGGAAGAAACGUUGCGGUUCGAGGAGCGACCUGCUCAAGAGUCUUCGGGAACGGAGGUGGAACAACGGACCACCGAUCGAAAGAAAGAACGAUCCGGAAGGAAGACAAAAGCGGUGGACGUUGUUCCGCCAGCUGUCGAUCUGGCGGUACUUCGUAGGCAGAUCGACGACGCGUUGAUCGACAGAAACAAGCGAUUUCGAGAGGCGGAGGAUUGUUGCGCGUUUCAAGGAAUCAUGGAGAUCGUUCGGUACGCGAGAAAAGUCGUCGACGCGUUGUCUUCGACGGCUAGCGAGCUAGUGAAAAAAGAGCGUCUCGCGGCGUCGAGGCUCGACAAAGAUCUUCUUACAGACUCCGGUGAUUCGAUAAUCGCGAGGACAGUUUCGAGGGGCGAGGAGCUCGCGUUGGAAUGGCGAUACGCGAUAUCCUACGAGAUUAACCGGGUUCGUUUGAAGCUCGACUCCAUAAUCGCCGUGGCUCGAAUGGAUUUCAUUUUCCUCCUGGAUUCGCUGCAGCGGACCUUUCACGAAAUUUACGACGUUAUCGUGGACAGGUAUUGGCGAGAGACCAGGAGCGUAAACGAAAUGGGAAACGUAUUCUGUUUCGCGAUCGAGGAGGGUAGAAUAAUUGAGAACGAGUUACUCUUGGAGGACGACAAUUUCGUGGUUCGUUCGAACGUGUUCGUGACGGAGGUCGAUCUGGAGAAACGAAAAUCCGCGUUGAAGGAAACGUUAUCGAGUUCCCGGUUUCGCAUAGCCGAUCUCGCUCGAUUAAUGGAGAUCUUCAAACGAGUCGCGCCAUACGGAACCAUUUCCGAACGCGCUUUCGUUUACAUACUUCAAGAUCUGGCGAGUCACGGACGCGAGGAAGGAGAAUCGAUGCUACUUCCUUGCCGGUGGUACCAGCUUCGAGCCAGCGAAGUUUGCAAGGUGGUCCGUUCCCUGUUCGGCACCGUCGAUCACAUAGACUGGCGAGAAUUCGUCGUUUACGCGAUGGACCUUCCCUGGCCGAGUCACCACGAUCUCUUAAUCGCUAGAGAACGUUUUCGAGCUCAGGAUCCCGAUUUAAGAGAAACGGUGACUCGCGCUCAGUUUUAUCGAACGUCUUUGUGGUUCCUCGACAGUAAGGUGGUCGACACCGAGAUUUACGAUCUUCUUCACGACGAUUUCCAUACGAUCGUCGAACAGCUCUACGAAGAAGAGCUGUAUCGUUCGAGUCUGGAGGACGGCGAUUCGGGGGUUUUCGGAAUUAAAAAGAGCUCGAUCGCAGAUUUGAAAUCGCGUCGCUCGAACCCGGAAGAAACGCUCAGGCGGAUGCUGUCGAAAGAGUUGCUAUGUCGAAUGUACGCGGUCGAUCGACACACGAUCAAUUACACCGCGUUACUGUUGGUCUUCUGCAAGCACGAGGAUCCAAAGGAAGGUUUCGGAAAAGCGCUCGCGAUAGCGCUCGGUAACAAAGUCUGCACCGACAUGGAAGAGGGCGAGAGAUACGUUCAAGAAGUUUACGAACGAAAGCGACUCGGUCUCUCUUGGCAUAGAAUCUCUCGCAGCGAGGCUCUUGAGGUGACCAGACAGAUCCUUGAACAGUUGUUGGAUCGAGCGACAGCGCUUGACUUUGAGGAGGAAGCGGAAGAGGUGGAGGAUGCAACUACGCUAUCCCGCGACUCGAUCGCCUCGAUCGCCUACACGGCCAACUUUGAAUUCGAGGACGAAGCUACGUGGUUCCCCGAUGAUGCGGUUUUCACUGAGAAACGUCUCUCCAAGGAAUUGAUCGUUUACUGGCUGUCUCUCGAUCUUUGCCUCACGGUACUAGCUGCGACGCUGCCCUGGCACGUAUUGCAACCAGAAAUUACUGGAAAUUGUAGCAACCUUCGGGAUCGUUUGUCAAUCGUGUUCAAGGAACUGAGAGACGAAUAUCUCAACGAACAUAAGAACGUUGCGUUGGCGCAUCGAUUGUUGAAUCAUGAUUUUAUCCACCGGCUGUUAAACAGUGUCAGCAACUUUACCAUCAAGAACAUAGGGGACAUUGUUCAAAAGAUUUUGCAGAGCCGGGAGCAAAAUAUUGGCUAGUACAGGAUGUA